AUUCCUUUUGUUUAGUUUAAAGGGAGAGAGAGAGAGAGAGAGAGAGAGAGAGAGAUUUUGAGGGGGGUGUGCACAUAUAGAAGAGAGUUUGGCUGGUGGGGAUAUUUUCUUGGCUUCGUGAGUUCUGUAGCUAGACUACAAAAAACCAAGUUUUUCAGCUGUGAGAGCUUUGAAGCAAAUAGAUUUUUGAAAUGAUUACUUUAUUUGCUCCCCAAUGAUUGAGCUGCCUUGACGUUCAGGAAAUACUGCUAAGAACCUCCGAAAGAAGCAAAGAGAGAGAAAGGUAGAAGAUGAAGUCCAUGAGUGAUGAUAACAAUGGCAGUAACAAUAAUAAUAACUGGCUGGGUUUCUCUCUCUCACCCCACAUGAAAAUGGAAGCUACUUCAGAAGCUCAACAACAUCAUCAUCAUCAACGGUAUAGUCAUCAAUCUGCUGCUACAGCUGUCCCAACAGGUUUUUAUAUCUCUUCUUCCCACCUCAACAGCUCUGCAAUCUGUUACGGGGUAGAAGAAAAUGGUGGGUUUAACUCCCCUUUGUCUGUAAUGCCUCUGAAGUCGGAUGGUUCUCUUUGUAUAAUGGAAGCUCUCGCUAGAUCGCAACCAGAAGUUAUGGUGCCAAACUCCUCUCCCAAACUGGAGGACUUUUUGGGUGGUGCAACAAUGGCGGCCCAUCAAUAUGAUAGCCAAGAGAGAGAAGCAAUGGCUCUCAGCUUAGACAGCAUGUAUUACUCCCAAAAUUCUGAGUCAGAGAACAACAGGCAACACUCCCUAGCCUUUCUUCAAGAACCCUUCAGACAAGAACAAGAGAUUCAAGUUCAACACCACCCAUAUUAUUCUGGACUGCCAUGCCAUACUAUGUACCAGACACCUCCAGGAGAUGAACCUAAAGAGACUCAGCUUCCAGAUUGUGGCACUCAAAUGCCUCCAAUGCCUGGGGAUGAUCCACCUUUCCUGAAGAACUGGGUUGCGGAUCAUCAUGAACUUGGCCAGCAGCAGAUAAAUACCAGUAUGGUAGAUGCUGGUCCAAUGGGUGUUGGUGAUUUACAGUCUCUGUCUUUGUCGAUGAGCCCUGGUUCUCAGUCAAGCUGUGUGACAGCUUCAAGACAGAUCUCACCCACUGGAGCUGAGUGUAUGGCCAUUGAAACAAAGAAGAGAGGAGCCGGAAAAGUUGCAAGUAAACAGCCUGUUCAUAGGAAGUCCAUAGACACAUUUGGUCAGAGAACAUCGCAGUACAGAGGUGUCACAAGACAUCGAUGGACAGGUAGGUAUGAGGCCCAUCUGUGGGAUAACAGUUGCAAGAAGGAAGGUCAAACGAGAAAAGGAAGGCAAGUUUAUCUGGGGGGUUAUGAUAUGGAAGAUAAAGCUGCAAGAGCCUACGACCUUGCUGCACUUAAGUACUGGGGUUCUGCAACCUAUAUUAACUUUCCCUUGGAGAACUACCAUCAAGAGCUCGAGGGGAUGAAGAACAUGAGCCGUCAAGAAUAUGUUGCUCACUUGAGAAGAAAGAGUAGUGGGUUUUCGAGAGGGGCUUCGAUGUACAGAGGAGUAACCAGGCAUCAUCAACAUGGAAGAUGGCAAGCUCGAAUUGGACGGGUUGCAGGAAACAAGGACCUCUAUCUUGGGACGUUCAGCACCCAGGAGGAAGCUGCUGAAGCUUACGAUAUUGCUGCGAUUAAGUUCCGUGGGGUGAAUGCUGUCACCAACUUUGACAUAACACGAUAUGAUGUGGAAAGGAUUAUGGCUAGCAAUACUCUACCUACUGGAGAGCUUGCUAAGCGAAACAAAGAGAGAGAACCAAACACUGAGGUGAUUGAGCAAAACCAAUUAACAAUAGAUUGUGAGGAACUUGUUCAAUCAGAGAACAAUGGGAACGGUUCAGAUUGGAAAAUGGGCUUAUAUCAGUCCCCACUGCAACACCAAAAUGCUUGUGUGGAACCACUUAAUGAGAAAGCAUUGACUAUUGCAAAUUAUCGAAACCCAUCUAUCUCAAUUGCUUUACAUGAUCUAAUUGGGAUUCAUUCAGUGAACUCGAACCAAAGCCAGCUGACGGGAAAUGAUUCGAGCAAGCUUGGGGCUCAGUUUUCAAAUCCAACCUCCCUGGUUACCAGCUUGAGCAACUCCAGAGAAGCUAGCCCUGAUAAAAUUGGUGCAUCCAUGCUCUUUUCGAAGCCUACCUUGGCAACUAAGUUCAUUAGUCCAGCAACACCUUUGAACUCUUGGGUUUCCUCAACUCAGCUGAGGCCUGCCCCAAUCUCCAUGGCUCACUUGCCUGUGUUUGCUGCUUGGAGUGAUGCCUAAGACUUGAUGUGUUUUGUUACAUGUAAGUUUUGCAUGAACAAGAAAGAAAAAAACAAAGAACUUGGUGGUGGUGGAAAUGGAUGAUGUAGGAUUUUAGCUACUUUUUUGUGUUUUUUUAAGGUGUUAGUGGAUGACAUUGGGGGAUUUUAAUGAAAGACGGGUGGGGGCCAGUUAUCUGUCUGUAUGCAAGUGAUGGAAACUUUUUUCAAACCAAAAUCUUUUGGCUCAUAUUGAAACGGGGACUUUGCAAAUUGGAGGGAAAUGUUCGAGAGGUCUCUGGAUUGAUUUUUGUGGUUUGAUGUAAGAAGCACCUUCCGUUUUGAUCCUGUUUUUCGUUUCAUGUAAAUUAAU